CAAAACGUCAUUUUUUAGAACAAUAAAUAAUGGGCUCCAAGCAAUGGACGGUGUUUAUGUCUUAAAUUCGUCAAUUUAUCAUUUGUGUAUUAAUUUUUUUCUGAUAUGUAUUUAUACAUUUCGAGGUUUAUGAAAUAAAACCCUUAUACUGAUCGUAUUUCUGGAAUAUAUUAAAUGUUAGAAUGGCUCAACAACCACUUAUAAAUUCUGUACGCAAAUAUUUAGCUUCACAUCAUAUGUUUGCUGUCGAAGAAUGGCUUUCUGGAUUUGUUGAGUAUUUAAUGGAAAAUAAUGCAGAGUACGGUGAGAAUGAAGUUCAAACUUUAGCUAAGGAACAAUGGCUGUUGAAUGAUUUAAAAGACAUAUGUCCUGGCUCCCUACCACAGAACCUGAGGAAUCAACAAAAAACUACACUUACUGGAAGAUUUGUGCUUCAAGUUAAUGCUUGUGUUGAUAUUGGAACACCUGCUUAUCAACAAUAUUUGAAGUUACAAAAAGUGAAUACUGAAAAUAUUGAAGCAACAAUUAAUAAUGAUGAGAAAAUCCCCAGUCACAGAAUGAUAAAGUUGUACCUGACAGAUGGUGUGCAGGAAGUGUCAGGUAUAGAGUACAGACCCAUGAGGAACCUGAGCUGUGACAUUACACCUGGGUGUAAACUAUUACUCAAAGGUCCAGUAGAUUGUCGUCGUGGGGUCAUGUUGCUGACAGAGCCUAACAUCGAGUUGCUGGGUGGUGAGGUGCAGGAGCUGGCGGAUGAAAACUCAUUGGUUCAACUGUUGGCUUCCAAGCUGGGGCUACCAGCCUCUAAACCACAAGAAAACAAUAGAAUACAAAGAUCUGCCAAUACAUCAGGCCAAACAUUGCACAAUGGUGGCACACAUAUUGAACCAGUAUUUGUACAACCAUUUGACCAACAAAAUAGAAUAGAACCAAAAGAUGAAGAAGCAUUUGGCACAUUCGAUGAUGACAUAGACAUAGAUGAAAUAGCAGCAAUAGAAGCACAAAUAUUGGACAAUCCAAAUAAAAGACCAUUGAAUGAAAAUGAUCAUAGACCUGAUAAAAAAGCUAAAAUAAAUUUGAAUACAGUUGUUAAUAAAAUUGACGAUAAUCCUAAUGAUGAAGAUAUAAUGUUUGAGGAUGAAGAUUACUUAAGAGACAUGGAGGAACAAUUUGACGCACAUGAUAUUGCACAUACACAUAUAAAUAAAGGUCCAAAACCUGUGUCAUCAGAACCAUUUGUUUAUAUCAAACAAAUUAAGGAACUAAGUGAAAGUGAAAGAGAAGGCAAAGUGUUCAAAGUUAAAGGACAGAUAAUAAAGCUAUUGUCAAAGUUAAUGGUUAGUAAAGAGGAGUGGAGUUUGAGGUGUGCUAUUGUUGAUGGCACCGGCAGCUUGGAUGUGGACUUCACCAGCGAUGUGCUGUCCAAGCUGGUAGGACUCACACCAAUGGAGAUGAACCAAAUUAAAAAACAAAUUGCAACAAAACCAGAGCUAAAGGAACAAGCAAUUACGGCUUUAGCAAACGCCAAAAAAAAUCUACAAGUGCUGUAUUGUAUAAUAGAGGUGACAAUGUCUAGUGGCCCAAAGAUAACACGACUAAUACCGUUUGAUACUUCACAUGUUGACCAACUGAAGGAAAGACAAUAAUAUAGUGAUAUAACUACUCAUUUGUAAAAUAAGUUUGGUGGUUUUAAAAUUAUCAAGAUGUAAAUAUAACUAUGUGAUAAAACAAAAUGUUCCAAAUGGACUAAGAUUUAAAAAAUGAGAUAUAACGGAACAUGUAUCUGCAAAUUACCAAAUGUAAAAAUCUUACUAAUAUUAUAAUGCGAAUGUUUAGAUGGAUGAAUGGAUGUUUGUUUGA